AUGCUAUGCCGCAAUCUGCAGUGGCAAGAAGGGGCAGAGCACAUCAGGCUGCUGCCCAUCCGCAAGGAGGAGGAGGAGGAGGGGCGUCGCCGCAGUGCCCGCCACGACGCAAACACCCAGAGCGCCCAGCACGUGGUGUGGGACACGCGGACUCCGCGAGGGGACGUUUUGCCACGCGACGCGCCAAGGCGCACUGCUGUCCUCUUCAAAGCCAUCACCCCGCAACGAAGCAGUGCCCGUGCAGGUACCAAUGCGUUCGGGCAAACCCUCGGCGAAUGCCAGCAAGGCAGAAAAAAAAAAAACGGUUCUUGCUUCCGCCUGCACGAGAGAGGUGUUGGGGGGAGGGCUGCAGCGCACAACAACCGUGUGUCGCCGCGCCCGCGCCGAGGAAAUCGCCGGGCGCCCGUGGCACGCACGCUAUCCAUCCGGCCUGCCCGCAGCGCAUGCAACGACAGGGGAACGACAAACCGCCGUGAACUGCGGCCAAAGUGGGGUGCGUGCAAACCACACUGCCUUCCCCACAGACGGCGGAACCGUGCCACUACGAUACGAAGGCGGCGCUGCGACUCCGUCCAUCCAUAA